CGCGCGCUGCACGUGGACGGCGCGCUGCUCGUCGUCGACAAGGGCGCCGGCCUGCUCACCGUGCCAGGAAUCGGCGAGGCCAAGGCCGACUGCCUCCUCUCCCGUCUGGCCGACGCUGGCCACCCGGAGGUUGGCCACGCGGCGCACCGGCUGGACAGGGACACGUCGGGCGUCCUCGCGCUGGGCCGGACGCCGGCGGCGCACAGGUCUCUGUGCGUCCAGUUCCAGGAGCGGCGGGCGUCCAAGCGCUACGAGGCGCUGGUGCUGGGCUGGCCCGCCGAGGACGCGGGCGAGGUCGACCUGCCGAUCGGCAAGGUCCGGCGGCCGGGCGGCGCGGCGCGCAUGCGCGUCGCGGCCGGCGCGGCCGGCGCGGAGCAGGCGCGGCCGAGCGUCUCCACGUGGCGCGUGCUCGAGCGCACGUCGCUGCCCGACAGCGGCGUGGGGGUGGCGCGCGUCGAGCUCGUGCCCGUCACCGGCCGCGCGCACCAGCUGCGGCUGCACAUGGAGGCGAUCGGCCACCCCGUGCUGGGCGACGAGCUGCACGGGAGCGACGAGGCGGCGGCUGCCGCGCCGCGCCUCUGCCUGCACGCGAGCGCGCUGACGCUGGACCACCCCGAUGGCAGAAGCGGGAGGGUGACGUUCAGGUCGGCGGCGCCUUUU